AUGGCCGGCGACAACCCAGUAACAGUCAACCAUCCCGCCAGGGUCCUCUUCCUCUACUCAGCCGCCAUCGGCUUACCUCUCAACCUCAUCCGUUUCAUCGUCAUGCUUCGCCCUACAGCUAUCUUCACUAUGCUGCUCCUCAUCGCUUCCGCUGUUAUGGCAUGGAUCAUCAGACGCAAAGCCGCGCACAUCAAACUCCCUCCCGACACUCCCAUCACAAAACCUUGGAAUUGUCUUAUCGCAGAUAUCUCACUUGCCAUUUUAUCGUUCAUCAUACUUAUCUUCACAUGGACGCACAAUCGCGAGCACGAUAGCGGGAAGAUUUUCCUAGUGUCGUAUUCGUCUACAUCGUUGAUCUUCAACAUGUUUCUGCACCUUUACCUGGCGCUGCUUGUGCUGUUGAGUACCCACAAGGUGCAGGAUUAUGUCAAGGGACUUGUGGCUAGUACUCCGCAGGAAUGCCCGAACUGUCACAAUCAAUCGGCAGGACAAGAUGAAGAGCAGGCGCUUAUGGCUUCUGUAAUAGAGGAUCAAGAAGAGCCGCAUAGCAGCGGACGGAAAGACCCUGGGUCCUCGAGUGUCUGGAAUUAA